AUGAUGAAUCCGAAUGCUAUGGAUGCCUUGGAUGCCACGGUACCGUCUUCACCGGUCCGAGUGGUGACGUUUGAUUUGGACAAUACCUUGUGGAAUACGGGGGCCACCAUUUCAGCGGCCAAUGACGCAUUGGCGGCCUUUUUGACAACACACAACAUUGUCCAAUCCAAACGCACCGAAACCAUCAUGGGGGAACUCUUUCAGGCGGACAAGCACAAAUACUGUCCCUUGACUGACAACAACAACAACGCCAAAUCACCCGUCUUGCUCACGGAAUUGAGAAAGGAUGCUCUGCAACAGAUACUCAUCACGGAUAAUGGAUACACGGAACUGGAUGCCAAGGAGUUUGCCGAUAAGGCAUUUCAAAAGUGGAUGGACGCUCGGUAUGCCGCCAUUCCAGACAACUAUGCCACCAACGUGGUGGCGGUACUCGAACAAAUAUACAACAACGACGACAUUGUCAUAGUCGGUGCCAUUACCGAUGGCAAUUCCGAUCCCCGCAAUGUCCCGGCGCUGCAACCCUUUUUUGACUUUUGUGUCAAUGCCGAGCAAGUGGGAGUCUCCAAACCAGACAAACGAGUUUAUCAAAAAGCCAUGGAAAUGGUACAUGCCAAGCUAUCGCAAGAAAAAGACGGCACGGAUGAUAGUGCUGUCGAUUUGGACGACUGGGUAGGCCCCUGGUGGAUUCACGUGGGCGAUGACUUUGCCAAGGAUAUUGUGGCCGCCAAAAAUAUCAAUCUACGAACCAUUUGGGCGCGGGAAUUGAUCCUGGACAAGUUGCAAACACAAAAAGUAUCAAAAGCAAAACCACAACUGGAAGCAUCCAAAGAAGAAACCAUUGCCGCACAGUACAAUCAACAACCGUCGGAGGAACAAAAACUAGUCGAAUUUCAAAAGAAAGUCAAUAGUCAGGCCGUUGUCAAAAUGGCCGUGGGAGCGGAAGACUAUCUCACGGCAUCGAUUCAACAAGAGUUUGCCGAUGCUGUCAUUGACAACUUUGAAGAGUUGCCCGGUGUCUUGCGCCAAUGGCAGGAACAGAGCCAACCUCAAUCCGCUACAAGCACCGCCGAAGAAGCAAACCCCAUCGUCGCAGCAGCAGAAGUCGUGGUAGAAUCCAAAGAGCAACAACCAAACGACAGCGUAAAGAAGGAGGAUCCAGAGACCAAAUUUUGCAUGUUCUGCGGGGCGAAGAUCCCAGGUAUUGCAGUGCACUGUCCAUCCUGCGGCAACAAACAACCAGAGCUAUCAUUGUAG